GGAGGGGUGGAAGGGUGCGCCGUUAGCGACACACAGCGGUAGCUCCCCAUCACAAGCCCAUCCAAGCGGCACCGGAGCUACCACUGUGCGUCGCUAACAGCGCACCAUUUCACCCCUCUGAGACAGUGAACUCACCAGCUUCCGGCAGCCGCUAGGGGGUCCCAACCUGUACAUCUCCACCGGUGUCUACUACAUUUCAGUUCUUGCGUGCGGUCCGCGGAGUAGAAUGAAUUCAUUCGCCUGUGAUGGUCGCGUGGGACAAUACCAAGUAGUACAUGGGGAUGACUGGCAGGUGACCCUGUCAGUGGCGCGCGCUCUUUCGCAUGGGCUGCAACGAAGAAGAUCCUUGAUCUACCCGUCCAACCCCCAUGCAGUCGCACUUGCACUUCACUGUACUGCUUCGGAUCGCCGGCUUGGUAUGUGCGCAGUUUGUCCACGAGAGACAGUGUCGGUUUGGAUGUCUGUCUGUAUGUGCUCUUGCCCAACACCUCGUUGUGCUCACGGCUGCCAUUCGACUACGGAUGCGUCGGAGGCGACAUUCAGCAGCUUCAGUGGUCACCAAUGGCCACGGAUUACUUGGUACCUAAGCUUCGUCGUCAUCAAGAGAUGGUGUCUGACGAAUGUUGAUUGAUAAGGUGGCUUCGAAAUCGUCAUCAGCUGCAGUCAUCUCACGCGCAUUCCAAGGAACGCAUUCGUACGUGAUGCUAUGUGGUGACACUGGACUGGGCUGGAGCUCACUUUCAAAAUCGUCUCGAGUCUGAACCUCGGAGUUCUAUCACUUAGCGGAACCAUCGUCCCGGUACCUCGCGCGAACCAUAUAGAAAAUACGAGUAGAUGUCGGUGUACUGGAAGCACGGCUACCAGUUUGUCAUCUGCUGUCUUUGCUACAACGCCAGCAUCUACAAGUUCUUUUAUGUCCCUCACCUCGUUCGUCAGCAUGGUGGAGUGGCUUUCCUGCUGGUGUACGCUGUUGUCUGCUUAACAUUGGCGAUACCGUUGAUGUGCUUCCAAGCGGCUCUGGCUCAGUUCACAAGCGGCGGAAACAGGGGAGUUCUCGAAGUUGUACCUUUACUCAGAGGCUUUGCAUACUCUAAGCUAUCGAUAGCUCUGUGGGGUGCUUUUCCGAUGGGCAUGAGGUUGGGCUUCUCCCUCCUCUAUAUCGUCUACAGCAUCCAGACUCCACUGCCUUGGUCCUCUUGCAAUGGUAGCUGGGCUGGCAACGACAACGGUUGCUUCGUGCUCACUGGCAACGCCCCUGCAUGUCGUGCAACGUUCUGGCAGCUCGCACGCGUCUAUAAGAAAUCGCAGCUCACCACCGGCGUGGCCAUCUUGGAAGAUGAUGUCGUCACCAUCGUACCGUUCGACGUCUUUGAAAAAGAAAGCAAAACAUGUAUAGAAGGUGAUGUAACAGCUACGGAGCUGUUUUACAGACAGAAAUCUGGAGCGUACCAGGAAAACAUCCUCUGGUACGCGCUGGCGUGGCUUGGUGUCUUCGCCGUCGCUAGGAGGAGGAUUGUUCCAUCGUACCCAUUCAUGUUAGUGUUGACAGCCUUCGCCCUGAUCGCCUUCAUGGCCUUCGCAAUCAGAAUUACUUUCCUGCCGGGUGCCAUCCACAGCACACAUCUUUUGAACACCAGAUGGAGCCAGCUUAUUAACAUGAAGCUCUGGCACGAAGUAAUCAAGAAACAACUGUUGGGCUUUGGAAUAACUGUGACAAUUUUCUACAACGUCGCUUCGUACAACAAGUUCACCAACGAUUUCAGAUGGCAAGUGUACGCUGUCGCCGGCGCAGACUUCAUGAUCUGCGUGGUUGUCGUGUGGAUCUGCGUCGCCGUGGAAGGCUAUUCCGAUGCGACGUCCUACUUUGAUGCGAGGCGGCAAAUAGAAAUGCCCGGACUAUUGUUCGUAACCGUGCCGGACCUUCUCAGCACCUUGGAAUAUCACCGAUUAUGGACGACCAUCUACUUCGCUUAUUUAUUGGCCACUUUGAUCUGCAUGCCGGUAAUGCUCACCGACGCCAUCUUGGAGGUGAUCCUAUUCGACUUUCCAACAUUCGAAAAUAUUCCCAGUGUUACGACGGCUAUGGUGUGCUGCGUGCUGUUCAUGGUCGAGGCUUCCUUCGACCGCAAGGGUGGAUGGGAAUUCGUGAACCAGGUCGCGGGCCAGCAGGGACUUUUGUCUGAAAUGACUAUUGCAGAAACGAUAUGCAUCAUUUGGCUUUAUGGCUUGCAACAAAUUGAUUUCGACAUCGACUCAAUGAUAGGUGUAUGUCCGAAUAUGCUAAUGCGAAUAUGUUGGACCUUCGUGUUGCCUUUUAUUCCAACGAUGGUUGUGGCAUUUCGCUACGUCAUCUUCGACGACAUGAGGUCUGAACUGGGUCCCGCUUGGAUCGCUGUGUUGAGCUGCUACGGGGUGGUCAUUUCCAUUAUCCUCGCCUAUGGCUUCACGCUUGCCAAACUGAAUAAUUUCAAUUGGCUCCAGCUGACGUCACCAACAUCCCCAUGGUACCCCAAGGAGCACGAGCACCUGAUUACCUACAAGUUGAAGAUGCAGUCCGUCUUGGAAGAGAUAGUCAAGGAACAGGAUCCUGCGUGUCCGUGAAUUUGGGAACAGUUCGGGGUGUUCCCACGUUAUACAAUAGUGGUGCUUACUAGUUGCUUUUGAAUAGAUCAUCAGAAUAACAA